CGAAAGUAUGUAAUGCCGUCCUUGUUUCGCGAAAUCAGCCAGAAUCCGCGUGAUCACGGAUGAUUACAUGGUCCUGGCCAAUCGGGAGAUCCGAAAAUCACGCGAUGUAACGUGCCUAAAUCGGAUAGGCUAAAAUUUGAUCACCCGACUCGCGAUCGAAUCUUUAUCUUCCGGAAGAAAGCCUCUCUCGGUGUGAGUUGUCGAAAUUCCUUUGCAGUGAAAAAAGAGUCAUCUAAUUGCCAGUUUGAAUCAGUGAGAACGCGAGCACAUAAAACCGAUACAUUGUUGGACGUAGUAGUGCCAAGUAUCGAUUCGAAAUUCCGUUCAAAUCAUAGUGUCGGUUCGAAGUCCCGUUCGAAUCAUUCAGUGCCGUCACAAACUGCAAGUUUAAUCGCGAGUGCCGGAACACAAUUGAGUACCUCCACUCUCGUAAGCAGGAGGAGCCUCGGCCUCCGCUCUUUCGUGUGCUCAUAAAUCGCGCUGUCUCGCUUGCUCUAGCGAACCGUUUGAUAGUGCGGUCUCGCUCGCUCUCGCGAACCGUCGUAUAGUGCGCUCUCGCUCAAUCUCGCGUGCAGCCGAUAAAGCGCUGUUUCGCUUACUCUCGCGAACCGUUUGAUAGUGCGGUCUCGCUCGCUCUCGCGAACCGUCGUAUAGUGCGGUCUCGCUCGCUCUCGCUCGUCGCUGUAUCGAGCGAUCUCGAUUACUCCAGCGCGCCGUUCGAUUAACUCAUAAUCCUCGCAAUCGCUUUUGUGAACGCUACGAACAUUUUGUUGAACAGUGGAAAAUCUUGUUCGAAACAUUGUAAUAAAGUGAAAGUAACUCUCUCGUGGAAGCUACUUUGUCAAAUUCGCAGAAGCAAGCUCACAUUCUUUCAUCCCAUCACUCAUCCUCCGCUAAGUCACGUGUCCUCCCAGCUCGCGAUACCCACUCGGGACUGCAUUUACUUUGGACGCAUUUCUUUUUAAAGAAGGAGGAAGACGAAGAAGAAGAAUAAGUAAAGCGCGUAAGCGUCUAAAGCGACGCGACGCAGCCACUGGUAGCCUUGUGAGCAUUGAAAACAUGGUAUAUACAUCAGUUGCUCGCUGUAUGUCGUGUUGAACGGUAGAAAAUGCCUCGAAAAGUGACUAGAGAUGAUCGUAAAUACGGCAAAAAGUAUUUGAACCGAGCAAAAAAAAUAAUACCGCCACAAAAGCGUAAAAACGAUGAAGUAACAGCUGGCAGCUCGUCGUCGAAAAAAAUUAAAAAUCGUCCCGCUAUUGAAAUAGAAGCUAUAAAGUUCUGGAAGCCAUGAUGCCCAUUUAUGAGGACUUGAGCAGGGACGCACUGUUGCAGCGAUGUCUUGGAGGUUUUACACAAAACAAUAACGAAAGCCUCAAUCAGCUAAUAUGGAAAAUCUCUCCAAAGGCAUACAGUGGAACCUCUACAACCGUACAAAUUGCAGCUAAUGUGGCUGCUUGCACUUUUAAUGAAGGUUCUAUUGCCCUGUUGGCCUUCAUGGAAGAGAUGCACAUCGGUACAGGCCCUAGUUCUCAUGAAUGGGCGCGACAAGUUGACGAUUUGCGAAUUACUAGAGGAGGCGAGAAGGCGGCUCACGACAGUAAAGAAGGGAGAGUUUCGCGGAGACAAACACAAAAAGAUGCUCUGGAUCUUCUGGAUGAAAGCGCCUUGCUGUAUGGACCUGGUAUCGACGAUUCUGUAUGAUUCUACUACGAGUUAUGAUGAUCACCGCCAAACCACUUUUUUUAGGAGCGCCUUCGGAAAUUCGUUGUCACUCGCGUAUUUUUCGAUAUUUUUCGAUGAAAAUUUAGCAAGCUACUCUUCAAAUGUUGUAUUAUUACAUGGAAAUUGAAUAAAUAAAGUAACAUUAUCUGUUUCGCCAA